AUGCUAAGCGCCAGCGUCAUGAAGAUGAUGCAGAGGGCCGAGAGCCUUCGGAUGAGCACCGACCAGAAGCCCGUUACUAAGAAAGAACGCCGGGGGAAGUACAAGCGCAGCAUGAGCGAACUGCUGAAACCGGGCGCGAACCCGAAGCAGUCCAGCGGGGACAACUUGCUGUCGUCUCACACCCUGUCCAACGUCAGCAUUGAGGAAAACGAACUCGAGUCGGACAUGGCGCAUUGCAGCAUCGACGACUCGGCCAAGAGGAUCGAGGUGAAAGCGGCAGGCGGCGAUUCGGGAGCAGCCUCCUUCUUCGUCGAGAAAAAAAUCUACUUUUCUGUUUCGUUCGGUAAGUUGGCUUUUCGGGCAUUGUACUUUGGGAACUCUUAG